CCCCAGCGGCGGGCGGAGCUGCGCCGUACUUAGGGGUGCACCGGAGAGGCCAGGAGUGGCUCGGUUCGGCUCAGCGACUGCGGGCCCAGGUUGUCGCGCUGCGCUCGGUGAGUGCAGGAUCCAGCUUCCAGGAUGUGGUGGUCCUUGAUCCCUCUCUCUUGCCUGCUGGCACUGACCAGUGCCCAUGACAAGCCUUCCUUUCACCCACUGUCGGACGACAUGAUUAACUAUAUCAACAAACAGAAUACAACAUGGCAGGCUGGACGCAACUUCUACAAUGUUGACAUAAGCUAUCUGAAGAAGCUGUGUGGAACUGUCCUGGGUGGACCCAAGCUGCCGGAAAGGGUUGGGUUCAGCGAGGACAUAAAUCUACCUGAAUCCUUUGAUGCACGGGAACAGUGGUCCAAUUGCCCGACCAUCGCACAGAUCAGAGACCAGGGGUCCUGUGGCUCUUGUUGGGCAUUUGGGGCAGUGGAAGCCAUGUCUGACCGAAUCUGCAUUCACACCAAUGGCCGAGUCAAUGUGGAGGUGUCUGCUGAGGACCUGCUUACCUGCUGUGGUAUCCAGUGUGGGGAUGGCUGUAAUGGUGGCUAUCCCUCUGGAGCAUGGAACUUCUGGACUAGAAAAGGCCUGGUUUCUGGUGGAGUAUACAAUUCUCAUAUAGGCUGCUUACCCUACACCAUCCCUCCCUGUGAACACCAUGUCAAUGGCUCCCGUCCCCCAUGCACUGGAGAAGGAGAUACUCCCAAGUGCAACAAGAUGUGUGAGGCUGGCUACUCCACAUCCUACAAGGAAGAUAAGCACUAUGGGUACACUUCCUACAGUGUGUCUGACAGCGAGAAGGAGAUCAUGGCGGAAAUCUACAAAAAUGGCCCAGUGGAGGGUGCUUUUACUGUGUUUUCUGACUUCUUGACUUACAAAUCAGGCGUAUACAAGCAUGAAGCCGGUGAUGUGAUGGGAGGCCAUGCCAUCCGCAUUCUGGGCUGGGGAAUAGAGAAUGGAGUACCCUACUGGCUGGUAGCAAACUCCUGGAACGUUGACUGGGGUGAUAAUGGUUUCUUUAAAAUCCUCAGAGGAGAGAACCACUGUGGAAUUGAAUCAGAAAUCGUGGCUGGAAUCCCACGCACUCAGCAGUACUGGGGAAGAUUCUAAUCUGCUGGGACUUGAUUGUAUAGUCCUUAGGAGACUUUUUCCAAAAUUUAGCAAUGCAGGCAGGGAGUGAGGCAGAUAGGAGUCUUUGAUUCUUUGAGUUCACCUAACAUGCAUGAAGCUUUCAGCAAGGUUUGGGUGACUGGACCAGAGCUGCCCCCCAUCAGAGCCACCCUACCUGGCUCCCUUCUAGCCUAUCCCAUGACAGUGAUCACAGCCUACAUCCUAGCCUCUCCCUAGACUAGUGCUGUGUGUAGCGCCUGCUGCUGUGGCUCUGUCUGCCAUCCCUCCCACCCCCACCUCAGCAUCCCCAGACCAAGGGCUUUGGCUGCAGGAUUUCCAAAGGAAUGAACACCAACUACAUGAUGAGAGGACAGAUGCCACCCGCCAGCUGCACCUUGAAGCUAGUCACUUCUAGGACUGUGGCAGGCUUUGAUGGCCCAAUGCAGUUCUCUGGAGAAAACUACCUUUCCCCAAGGCAUCUGCACCCAUUGACAAUGGUAAUGUGCCCAUCUCUCCUUGGUCCUGCCCUCAACCGAUGCUUUUCCAGUCAGGGUUUUGUUUUUUGUUUUGUUUUGUGUACCUCAACUGAGUUAUGAAGAUUUGUACUGGUUUUACAGAUCAUCUCAUCGUAUGGAUUAGAACAAGCUUCGUGGUCAGUUUGCUGGGUGACCGGCAGACACCACAAUCAAACUAGUCUGGGAAAAACCUGCUUUUUUGUUGUAGGUGCCACGUAACCCUGUCAGUUUAACAAGGAAUGACCGUGCCAAUAAACCAAUUCUCCCUCUGCUUGA